CUAGAAGGCGACAUAAAACGGUUAAUAUUACCUGAGGACUUUGAGCGUUUGAAGAGGAUGACGCCUUGCGUUCAGAAUCGCCGGUGCUUGUCGGUGUCUCCUCUCGCUAUAGAGGUUGUCAUGGUAAACGGCGAGCGGUCGUAAACGGGUCGCUCGGCCCGGAGGUUAAAAGGCGGCAGCGCUGCGGAGCUCUGCGUGUUUCUCUGAGCUGCUGCACUCGUCAUGCCCGCGAGCUGUGGAGGGUCAGUCCUCUGCACACUUCAGGAUAAAAACCAAGAGCUGUUUGAAGAGGUAUCGUGUUCGUCGUCGUUGUCUUUGUCGCCAAGCUCUUCACCUCAUGCCAUGACAGAGAAAGCCAUAUGUACCAGUUGCGGUACUGAGAUUGUAGAUAAAUAUCUGCUCAAGGUGAACGACAUGUGCUGGCACGUGAGAUGCCUGUCGUGCAGUGUGUGCCAAACAUCCCUGGGCAGGCAUAUCAGCUGUUAUAUUAAAGAAAAGGAGAUUUUUUGUAAACUGGAUUACUUCAGGAAAUACGGAACACGUUGCGCUCACUGUGGCAGAAACAUCCAUUCAAAUGACUGGGUUCGCAGAGCAAAAGGAAACACCUACCACCUUGCAUGUUUUGCCUGCUUCUCCUGCAAGAGGCAGCUGUCCACAGGGGAAGAGUUUGCACUGGUGGAUGAGAGGGUUCUGUGUCGUGUGCACUAUGACUGUAUGUUGGACAACCUGAAGCGUGCCAUGGAGAAUGGAAAAGGAGUGAAUGUGGAGGGCGCUGUUCCAUCAGAGCAGGAAGUAAAUCAGCCUAAACCAGCCAAGAGGGCACGCACAAGUUUUACAGCUGACCAGUUACAGGUGAUGCAAGCCCAGUUUGCUCAGGACAACAAUCCAGAUGCUCAGACAUUACAAAAGUUGGCAGAAAGGACUGGUCUCAGCCGGAGGGUAAUUCAGGUUUGGUUCCAGAACUGUCGAGCUCGUCAUAAGAAGCAUGUCAGCCCAAACCACUCUUCAGCCGCACCAGUGUCAUCCCUGCAGUCGGCCCGUCUCUCUCCUCCUCUAAUAGAUGAACUUCAGUACACUGCUUUUGCCCCUGUGGACACACCAAUGCUGACUGCACUACACUCCUAUAUGGACGUCCACUCUCCCACUUCCCUGGUGCUGCAGCCUCUCCUGCAGCACUCGAUGACACAGCUGCCCAUCAGCCAUGCCUGAGAUGCUGCCACAGACCCACCGUCAGGUCAGAGGACAGCAUGAGGAAAUAUUGACUGAGUCUUGAUCAAGACCCAUGCUACUUUCUUUCAUGGGCACUUACUGAAGGAUUUGCAAAGAACGAAAAAAGCAACGUUUCAGCCUAAUUGUGAAAGAGUCUGAAGUUUUUGUUUAAUAUAUAUUAUAUUAUCUAUAUAGUGAUGGAAUAAAUGGCGUUUAAUUUAUUUCUUGUAUGUGAUUUGAGCACUUUGUUUUAAAAUAAAUCUACCAUGGAUUUCUUAGUUUCUGGUUUAGUCAACACAUUUUUUUUGUUUU